GAUUCCGAGGCAUUCCAUUCUUUCGUUCAGUCGCAUGUUGAAUUUUGAGUACACAACAAGCAAAACUUCGCUCCAAGCUUCAGUUAGAAUCGGAUCAAAAGCAAAUAUUAUACUUUUCAGUGAUAUAUUAUUCUAUGACUGGACUCUUGCAUACGGUAGACGGGCCCAGAAUUCCGAGGUGUGACCUUUGAACCGGUAUUGAUUUUUACCCCAGCUGUAGCCGAGAGUGCAUUAAAUCAGUAGUGAAAGGAAACAGAAGUGCAAUUAUACUUUGAUAAAUCGCGGAUUUGCGAAAGAAUAUUUAAGGUGUUGUUUCAUGCCAAGAUACAAAUCCCUCAUUAAUUAGUGCACCGAGUGAGUGGAACCGAGAUCGAGAAUUUAGCGGAAAAGAGAAAAAUGAAAGUAGUAAACAUCAACAGUGUGAAUCAUCAGCACCAUCUGGAUAGUCUGCAGACAACGCUAAUGGAGGAUCCAAUCACCCCGAAGGCAACAUCGGAUGUGGUCGAGAGUGCUUCCUCUAGUCGUGACUCGGGGGGUGACAGUCAUGGGGGUGGUGGCUGCUACCCGAACAUCGCGCUACCAGGACCAAAAUCCAAUCAUAUCCAGGCUCUUUUUGCACGACUUGAAAAUCCCCAAUCGACGGUUGCCUCAUCAAGCGGCAGUUCUUCCUUGUUCUCCAUCAGCGGCGUGUCAAAACUUUUGAAAAAUCUGUACCUAUGUGGCGGAAGUGCAGCAAGCGUACCGAUGAUGAAACAGCUGGGCGUGAGUCUAGUGAUAAAUGCAACGACUGAAGCGGAACUUCCCAACACUCCACUGCCCUGUGAUGAAACAACCGGUUAUCUUCGGGUACCGGUCAAAGACAACCGUGAGGAGGAUUUGGAACGAUACUUCGAUCAGAUUGCUGACAGAAUUGAACAGGAGUAUCAACGUGACGGUGUGAUCUUGGUCCAUUGCGUUGCCGGCGUUAGCCGAUCAGCGUCCCUAUGUCUGGCUUACCUCAUCAAAUACCACCAGAUGAGUCUGAAAGACGCGUACAACCACGUGAAAACGAAAAGACCACAAAUCAGACCUAACGUUGCAUUCGUGAAGCAACUGAUGGAGUACGAGUUCAAACAGCACGGUACACGUUCCGUAUCGAUGGUAUACUGUCACGCUUUGGACCAGGAGCUUCCCGAUAUCUACGAGCCAGAAUUUCGAACGAUGGAAAUGCUGUAUCAAAAGUUCCGAAGGAACAUCGCGAAGCGUUAGGGCUUACGAUAAGAUUUCCCAAAAAGGUUCGAAAUAUAUUCCUGUCUCUCGUAAGAUGGCGGCCGUUCGCUAUUUACCGGCCGACUAUAGGUUUAAGACCUCGGAAAUGUUCAAAUAUUUAAUCAAGCUGAUACUGAUAAUGUUUACUCACAAGUAUUGAUUACAGCAUGUAUACUUUCGGAUUAAUAUGUAAGAAUGCGUAGAAUUCAUAGGCAUAAGACGUCCACCGUUUCCUUCGUUAAGACUAUAUCUCUUUCUGUCUUCUUUCGGCCCAGUAGCAUACUGUUAUAGGGACCAGUUUCUAGAGUUCGUUUGAGAUUAUUCCCAAUAGGUUUAAUGAUUCUCCUUAAGACAUAGCGUAACAGAAAGAUAAUGAGAAUGUGAUUUUUCUAUUCGUCGACUAUUGUGAUGUGAGAAUACCCGGCACUGAAAAUCAUAUUUUGUGUUCUGUUUGAUUACCCACAUAUGUGAGCGAAUAGUUCGAUUCACGCAGAUAGUGUGUGAUAUAUUCAAAAUGUAGAAUAUCAAUAAAGCGAUUGAACGUGAAAAAUUA